AGUCCUCUUAUUCUACGAUGACCGUUAUAUCCCCCACGGUCAUGUUCCUGAAAGGAGUUAACCAGGUUGUGCCUUCUUUAAUCUGGCCGCAGGUCUCUGACGUCACCAACGGUUCUCAGUUCGUGGUGGCCAUCGGCACCAACGAGUCGCUGCCGUGUAUGAAUACCACGGUUUUAGGAUUUAUCGGUGAUUUCCCUUUUAAAGGUACAGACUUGCUCGUGCACACCUAUGCCGUGCCUGCGGGUGGGAUACUGAUCGCCUCCUGUCUAAACACGGCCUAUGGCUUCUACAUGGCUUUUGUCAACUCAAAUUUCUCAAUACAAAUUCCUCUGGCAUUUAGUCUUUAUCCAAUCAAUCAGCCAUGCAAUGCUACGGUCAACAGUCCCGGGGAUGGAGUGGACAACGACUGUGAUGGUCUGAUAGACGAAGACAUCUGCACCGAGACCACCAUCUCAAAUUUCAAAGACUGUGCCGCUAUCAUAUCAGGUGACAGAGACACCUAUGGCAAGAAUUUCACCUUUCUGGUACCUGAACACCACGAGACGCCCAUCAGGGUGGAGAACUCCACCAUCAGCCUGCAGAUCACCAGUCCUUCACAAGCAGAUGUCACCAUCUCCAUCACGACACCUUUAAACCUGACCAAACUCAGCAUGACCUUGACCCUGCCGGCCUCUGAAGACUUCCUGCAGAUCUUCAUCCAAGACUUGUCUGUCCGAGCGGUCGGUUCGGCGUUGUUCACAGACAGGACUGUUCACGUGACAUCCGACCACGAGAUAUCACUGACGCUGAUGGGCAAUGGGUCCUCAUUCGCCAUGUCGCUCCUGAUUCAGCCUGACGAUGUAUUGGGGCACGAGUACUAUGUGGUUACACCGUGUAAUCUCACAGGCUGUUUGUUUCAGGUCACCGCCGUCCACGCCGGUGAGACAGAGGUCAGGAUACGACUUCGAACCGACACCGACGCUCCGGUCCUGUUUGACGGCACGAACUACAAAAACGGUAGUGUCAUCUGCCGCACGCUUCAACAGUUUCACGCCCUGCAGAUUAAUACAACAUUCGAUCUUUCAGGUACUCACGUCUUGUCAAGCAAGCCUGUGUCUGUGUGGGGUGGUGGAUUUUUUACAACUUUUCUAAGGAAGUCAUACAAGGACUCGGCAGCUGAACACAUACCACCCCUGGAGACGUGGGGUCGGGAAUUUCUUGUACUGCAGAAUCCAACGUUUAUCACAAAGGGUUUGACGGCGUGUUAUCUACCCCCCUGCUACGAUUACAUCAAAACUGAUGGCCGGGCACUGACAACACUGACGUCACACUGGUCAGCAGCUCCAACACCACCAGAUAUUCGCUGA